AGAUGAAAAUGGUUGAUUAAUAAAAAAUGCAAUUUUUCAUUUUUAUUCUUCUUUCAGUGGCAGCCAUGGUGCAGGUUGGUGGAUCACCUGCAAUAACUGGUCUGUCUGCUGAUUCAGGAUUCAGGAACCUGACCCUACAUUGGAACCUGGAGAACUCCGGAGGAGAACCAACCCUGUUCAAGACUAGAUAUUGUGAGAACCAGUUUUGGGGUGAACACCACUGCAGGAAGACGGUUGUCUCGGUCCUACCGAAAGAAGGGAAAUUUAUUCAUCAAAUUCAAGGAUUAAAGAUGGCAACAGAAUACGUUAUCUACCUAUCACUGUUAACCAAGGUUAAAUCGACAAGACAAGCUCUGAGUGUCUUGGCUAAAGAAAAAGAAGAAGAAGAAGAUGAGAUAGAAGAUUUAAAAUUUGCCUCAAAGCUAAACGUAGAAACCAAGGGGUUCAGUGCCCAAGCUAGAGAUUGUGGACCUAAACAUACUCAAGUGGAAAUUCAAACAGGACCAGGAUUCACGGGGAAAAUUUCAGCAGAAGGUUCUUUAGACCCAUCCUGCUCAUUACAGGGUGCCGGAGGAGAACAACUGAGUUACACAUUGGAUCUAAAUCAUAAGAAAUGUAGAUCUGAAUUAAAUAGUACAGUUGCCUGGACAUAUAUUGUAGUGCAAGAAAAUCUACCAAUUCUCACUCAUUCAACAAGGAGGUUCCUGAUUUUAUGUAAGUUUGCUAUACCGGAUGUGUUUACUGUACAGUCUGGGCUAAACCUACCUUUUUCUUCUAAUAUCAG